AUGUGUGAAGCCCGUAUCCCCCUUGUUGACCUACCAUUGCUGUGCAUAAAUCAGCAGUUCUCACAUCCUAAGCAUCUCAUUCUUACACGCCUUCUGGUUCCACCAAACUGCAUUCGCCCUUCAGUUACAUCUGAAUUCAAGUCUGGCACGAACGAAGAUGAUAUCACAGUGAUACUGUCAGAGAUAGUCUUCUUAAACGACUUGAUCAAGAAGCGCAGCUCAGGUAAAAUACAGAUUAUUCAGGAUGCCUGGGACCACCUCCAACUUCACGUUGCUCUCCUCAUGGAUUCUCAAAUUUCUGUGCCAUAUGACGUGAGCUUGCCAAAAUCCACACUAGGUUUUGUUCAAAGGUUGAAGGGCAAAGCAGGUCGCUUCAGAGGUAAUCUGUCUGGAAAACGAGUGGAUUUCUCUAGCAGAACUGUUAUAUCACCAGAUCCCAACCUCAGAAUCAGUGAGGUUGGUGUUCCAGUAGAGGUGGCCAAACAGUUGACAUAUCCUGAGAAGGUUACCACACACAACAUCCAGUUGAUGAGACAACUGGUGAUAAACGGUCCUGAUGUUCACCCAGGGUCUGUCUUUCUGGAGUCCAGGUCCAGCCCCGGCAUCAAGAAGUCACUCAAGUAUUCACACAGGCAGAGGCUAGCUGCUCACCUCCUGCCAGGAGACACCCUUGAGAGACAUUUAAUGGAUGGAGACAUUGUGUUGCUCAACCGUCAGCCGUCCUUACACAAGAUGAGCAUCAUGUCACAUAGGGUGCACGUGUUACCAGGGAAAACAUUCAGGUUUAAUGAGUGCGUGUGCACCCCAUACAAUGCUGAUUUUGAUGGAGAUGAAAUGAACCUACAUUUACCACAGACUGAGGAGGCUCGGGCAGAGGCGUUGCAGCUGAUGGAGGUAACUUCAAAUUUGGUGACCCCAAGACACGGGGCUCUGAUCGUCGGUGCAGUACAGGACUUCAUCACAGGCUCAUAUCUUCUCACACUGAAGGAGGAGUUUUUCGACAAGGAGCACACCUGUGAUCUCAUGGCAUCCAUCCUGGAUGGGAAGGAGUUGUUAUAUCAUAUUGACCUGCCACCGCCAGCCAUAAUGAAGGUGAUCAUGCUUAAAACCAUUUAA